CCUACUUGACAGUACCUAUACUAUCAUUCCACGCUCUAAGAGCGCCACACUUGUUAUUUUAUGCUCGAGUAAAAUCAGGACCUCCUUUUUUGUGCAUCAGAUCUAUCUUCCUCCACGCAGGUUUCUAUACCAACAGUAGAAUCUGUCAUAGUUAUACCACAAGAAGGAGUCUUGGGGUAGCCUUCCAGUCCUGCCAUAAUAGAUGACAAGAGCGAAUGGCCAAGAUUCGUCGCCAGCGGACCGCUUUAGAGUUAUUCAUGGCUUCUGCUAAGUGUUGUCUAGAUUUGUGAUUUGUGAUUUGUGAUUCAGGAUGCAUUCAUACGUCUGUCUGCGUGAGUUUUCGUUUGUCUAGCUAGUGAUGCAUACCAGCGUCGUUCCUUGGGCUAUGAAGAGAGCCUUGAAAUUGGUACCUAACGUAGAGCAGACUAUCAUACUUGAAUCCUUGGUACAUCGCUACCAGGUUGUUUUGUCACAGCCAGAAUUCGAGUUACCUAGAUUUGAAGUAUUCCGCAUUAUUCGUGGCGGAGUUUAUUAGUUAUGGGGCCGGGAUUUGGAGCGAACUUAAUGAUCAUUUCAGCUACUAGCCAG